UCCAAUUGUCGCACAGCCAAUUGUCGCACAGCCUCGCACUGCAAAGCAAAAAAUCACAAAUGUCGUUCUUUCAAAGCACUGCGACCUAUGAUUUUUUAUGGCAAAGUGUGUGUGGAUCUUGCGAAGAGCCAUGCAGAGAAAAAGUUUCGAAAUUGGCUUCCUUUUGUGAAAGUAUCUGCAAACUGAAAAAGAGCUGCGCGCUAGUUACGAGUGGUGGAACGCGUGUGCCGCUAGAAAAGAAUGCGGUGCGUUUCGUUGAAAACUUCAGCACAGGAAUGCGCGGAUCGAAAUCAGCUGAAUAUUUCCUAGAAUCUGGAUUCGCUGUUGUUUUCCUGUACAGUCGGAAAUCCGCACGGCCCUGGUUGUGGCGCUUUGACUUUGAUCGUUAUUGCGACACCGUGACUGCAAAAAGCAAGUCCGAUUCCGCUGCAAAUGAGAUCUGUCCCGUUCCGGAAUCUACAGGGAACGGAUGUCACAAUUCAGUCGACGAGUCAUCUAACUCAGCAAAUAACAGUGCGGAGUCCGCAGUGGCACUUGCCGAAAGUGCGGCGGAAGAAGUACAGUCUCACCCGAAACAAAAUAAUGAAGACCAGAAGACAAAUGCGACAAACAUUUCAAACCCCUCACAGGGAAAUGGCACUGACAUUGACUGGGAUAUGUUUGCUCUGGAGAAACUUGCCGAACAUAAAGCCAACACGCUUUACCUUGAAUAUGACGAUCUUGACGAAUACCUUUUUCUUCUUCGGCGCUGUUGUGAAUAUCUCAACGGAUCUUUCGAAACAAGUGUCCUUUAUUUGGCCGCAGCGGUAUCUGACUUUUAUAUCCCUUUUCGACAUAUGCCUGAAGACAAAAUAGAAUCGGGCGGCUCCUUGAAUUUGCAUUUGGAACCAGUUCCGAAAUUUUUGGGAGCAGUAAAAGCGGCCUGGGCACCAAAAGCUUUUGUGGUCGGAUUUAAGCUGGAGACAAAUGUCCAUGUUCUUCGCAACAAAGCCGAACAGUCACUUCGGCGUUACAAACUGGAUUUAGUGAUUGCCAAUGAACUUGCCACACGUUACGAGUGCGUACAUUUUUGUACCACUAAUGGUUUCGUUACGCUUAGCGCCAGAAAGGAUCUCACACAAUCCGAUGAACCGAUUGAAAGGUUGAUAGUUGCGAAAAUUACGGAAAUGGUUAAGGGUGCUGUUUAGCACAUUUCAGUUGUUUUUGUUAUUGCCCUGGUUUGAUAUCGUUUCAAAUUCCAGUUGCUUUUGCAUAACUGAUAUAAUAUGUAAUGCGACGUUUUUUCGUUGAGGUACCGAGUUUUUUUCGAUAAAGAACUG